GCGACAGGUGCCAACAUGGCGGGCGGGGUUUGCCAGGCGUCAAAAUGGCGGCGGGCGGCAACGGUUGCUACGGGCAACGGCGGCGCUUCCGCCGUGGGGCGGCUUCCCGCCCUUCCCUCAGUCACGUGCCCGGAGGACUCUCCGGCCGGCAGCGCUGUGAGGACUCUAUGGUCUAAGGCCGCCGCCGGUGUUUGCAGCGGCCCCGGCCUCCCGGCGCGGGCAGCGGCCGCCCCCGCCGCCAUGGCGCAGGCCCGGGGGGUGAACAGCCUCCGCUUCAACCAGGACCAGAGCUGCUUCUGCUGCGCGAUGGAGUCGGGGGUGCGGAUCUUCAACGUGGAGCCGCUCAUGGAGAAGGGGCACCUGGACGCGGAGCAGGUGGGCAGCGUGGUGCUGGUGGAGAUGCUGCACCGCUCCAACCUCCUGGCCAUCGUGGGCGGCGGCGGCAACCCCAAGUUCUCCGACCUCUCAGUGCUGAUCUGGGACGACGCGCGCGAGGGGAAGGACGCCAAGGACAAGCUGGUGCUGGAGUUCACCUUCACCAAGCCCGUCCUCGCCGUCCGCAUGCGGCACGACAAGAUCGUCAUCGUGCUGCGGAGCCGCAUCUACGUCUUCUCCUUCCCCGAAAACCCCACCAAGCUCUUCGAGUUCGACACCCGCGACAACCCCAAAGGGCUCUGCGACCUCUGCCCCAGCCUGGAGAAGCAGCUGCUGGUUUUCCCCGGCCACAAGUGCGGCAGCCUCCAGCUGGUGGACCUGGGGAGCGCCAAGCCGGGGACGUCGUCGGCGCCGUUCACCAUCAACGCGCACCAGAGCGAGGUGGCCUGCGCGGCGCUGGGCCCCGGCGGCGCCCUGGUGGCCUCGGCCUCCCGCAAGGGCACCCUGAUCCGCCUCUUCGACACCCACUCGCGCGCCAAGGUGGUGGAGCUGCGCCGCGGCACCGACCCCGCCACGCUCUACUGCCUGGCCUUCAGCCCCGACGCCGCCUUCCUCUGCGCCUCCAGCGACAAGGGCACCGUGCACGUCUUCGCCCUGCGCGACACCCGCCUCAACCGCCGCUCCGCGCUGGCGCGCGUGGGCAAGGUGGGCCCGGUGCUGGGCCCCUACGUGGAGUCGCAGUGGUCGCUGGCCAGCUUCACCGUGCCGGCCGAGGCCGCCUGCGUCUGCGCCUUCGGCCGCGGCGGCCGCAGCCCCUGCUCCGUCGUCGCCGUCUGCGUCGACGGCACCUUCCACAAAUACGUCUUCACCCCCGACGGCAACUGCAACCGCGAGGCCUUCGACGUCUACCUGGACAUCUGCGACGACGACGACUUCUGACCCCCCCCCCGGGACCCCCCCGGGACCCCCCCGGGACCCCCCCGGCGCCGUUCGCAGCCUUUGUACUUUAUUUCGUGUCUCCCGUUACAAACAAGCGGAUUAAAAAAAAGCACGCGUCGCUCUC